CCCUCCUUCAUCUGUGUAUAGGUAUGUAUCUACACAUUCACAUACACAGCAGAAAUGUGCACACAGCAGCCAAUCCAUCCAUCCAUCCCCACACACGACCACAUCAUAUGCGUGAAUGGAGUCAUCAGCAGGCAGGCAGGCAGGCAGACGGGCUUGCUUAUCCAUCCAGCUACACACAUACACCCAAGACACCCAUCCAUCCCCCGCCCGCCUCUCCCUCUCUUCCAGUCAGCCCACCCUUACUCAUUAGCCAGCUAAGCACACAGAGAGUGGGUGUGUCUGUCAGUAUGGUAUGUAUCUACCAUCGAAGAAUCAUCACCGAAUGGACGAUCUCCAUCUACGGCUACACUUAUGGGGCGGGGCAUAUCCAUCCAUCCAUCCACCGAUCCAUCCGUCUGUUUGUCCAGCUAUUUAUCUAUCAGUUGAGCCCCUUGACGCCCCUCGUGCGCGCGCCGCCCUGCCGGAAGUCGCGACGGCCGCCGUCACGGGGGCCACGGCGAUCCUGACACACACAUACACGCGGUGCAGUGCAGUGGGGGUGUGGUGGCGUGGGGGUGGGGUGUAGCACUCACCCCCCAUAUGGAUGGACGUCGGCCCUCUCUCUCUCGGUCUCUGUCGAACUCACCACGGCCACCACCCUGCACACACACACACACUCAUUCACGUGCAUCCGUCUGUUCCUCUCUCUCUGUGUGGGUCACAUCCAUCCAUCCAUACAUACCCUGUGUGUGAACCCCUGAAUGCCCCUCUCCCUGGGUGGUCUGUAGUCCCUGUGGCCGUCCCGGCCGUCUCGGUUGCCGCCAUGCCCCGGGCUGCCGUGCUUGUCAUCGGGCCGGUACCAGGGAGGCAACAAGGCAGCCCAGCAAUGCUACACACACACACACACACACAUACACACGUGGGGGCGUUGGAGCGGGGGAGGCCGUGAGGUUGUGAGUGACCUACCAGGGUUUCCCAGUUGCGGAGUUGGGGUGACGUGAACACCAUGUAGAGGGACGACUUGAGGGGGUUCCAGUGCCUGCAGGCCAUCCAUCCAUCGAUCGCAUGCACCAGCCAAUCCAUUCAUUGCAAUGAUUAGAUGGACGGAUGUGUGUGUGUGUGUGUUGUGUGCCUGACAGAGAGACAGACAGACCUGAGCGGCUCUCUGAGUGUGGCCUUCUUCCUGACGUAGCUGUUGACGGCCUCCGAAAACCGGUCGCACGCUUCCUGAACCAAGCCAUCCAUCCAUCCAUGCAUCCAUCCACAGACAGACACGCGUGUGUAGGGGUACACGUCUUUUAAUCGCUCGUGUGUGUGUGUGUGUGUGUGUGUUGUGUGUGCCUGGAGCAGGUGGUGGGGCCACUUGGUGAUGAGGAAGAACACCUGCACCCACACGUGUCUGGAUGCAUCUGUGUGUCAUUUAUUGUAUGUGCCCCCUCCCUCCCCCCUCACCAUGCCCGCCAUGCCACGCACCUGAGUGAAGCGUCCCUGUUUCAUGAUGGUCUUCCAUGCCCACUUGAGGUUCUGAACACGGUUCUGACCCAGGUGGCCUGACGCACUCAUACAGACACCCACUCAUCCAUACACAUGGGCGGGCGCAUCUAUCGUUUAGUGCGUGUGUACCUUUCAUGCCGUGUUCGUCCAGCACAGGGGUCUCCUCGACGUUGAUGACCAGCUCCUCCACCACUGACGCGUGGUCGCUAUCGUCGUACGUCAGCGCUCCAACCUGAAAACACACACACACACACAAACACACACACAGACAGACAGACGAUGUGCAGAUGGUUGGGUGGUGUGGUGGCGGGAUGGCUAAGAGAGGGGUUGUUGUGUUGUGUGCCCAUUCAUGUGUGGAUGCUAUGCUGACGUGGACGUAGUAUGCGAUGAAGAAGUCGCGCAUGAACCGCACGAACGCACUCUCGUACUCGCAACGCAUCUCCCUGUCUCCUGAUGCACACACGAACGACACACAAUGGACAUCCGUCCAUCCAUCCAGCCAGCCAGCCGUCCUUACUGAUGUAUUUGGAUGCCUUCAUGCUGUCGUCAUUGUUGGGGUCCCACUCGCGGCACUCGGGGAUAGUCUCGUGCAGCUGCUGGCUCCAGAAGGUGCGGCCCUGUUCGCGGAACCGCUGAACUGUUGGUCCACGCGUGCGUGUGUGUGUGUGGACGGACGAAGAAGCAAAGGCAUGGCAUGGAAUGGAUGCAUGUGCUGGCUCUGUCUGUGUGUCUGUCUGUCUGUCUGCCUGUCGUCUCACUUUUGGCAAUGUCGCGCCACUCGUCGCACUUGCUCAUCAGUAUCGCGUCAGCCUGUAGGUACGUAUGGAUGGAUGGAUGUGCCCACCAUCGCGCAUGUGUGUGUGUGUGUGUUGCGUACAUCAGAUGCCAUGGUGACCACUGGGGCGUACUUGUCGACGAACUGGUCAACGGUCUCCGCGCCAGCAAGGAACUGCUGGAACAGCCGCUCACCCUUCACACACACACACACACACAUCCAUCCAUCCGUCCAUGGCAGGCAUCAAGGGAUCGGUGUGUGGUGUGUGUACCUACCUCUUCCUUGGAGACCAUCUUGAUGUUUGAGCUGUUCCUCUCGCGGGGCAUGUUGUCGUACUCCAGAUACGUGUCACGGGGGUAAUCUUCAUGACCACACACACGCACACACACACACACACACACGGCCCCACACACAAGACAGCAACACGAGAUCCAUCCAUCCAUAUGUCCAUAUGUGUGUGCGGCCGUACUCACUCUUGCGCCAGAUGGGUUUGUGGUCCGGUGAGUCCAUCAUGGAUAUGGAUGCCGCGCUGGGCGGCGACCAGGCCCGCUCGCUCUCCACAUUCAACACAUACGGCUGCGGCGACGGGGCUGACAUCCAUCCAUAAGAACCACACACGCAUGAGCACAUUUAUGUGGCGUGUUCGUGUGUGGGGGGGAGGGGUGUGUGUAUGUGUGUGUGUGUGUACCGAAUUUCUGUCCGCGAAAUCCCGAAGGGCUGCCCUCGUCGCUGCCGCCGAAGCUGCCAUACCCAUCGCUACGCUGAGGGCUACCACCACCUGCACACAAGUCAGUCACGUCACACACACAUGGCAGCCACGCUAACACCCCUCACGCACCGCACAUACAUACAGGUCAGUCAGGUAUGUGAUGUGUUGUGUUGUGUGUGUGUACGGUCGUAUCCUCCUCUGUCUCUGUAUGGUUCGUCGCGAGGCGGGGGCCCGGGCGGUGGAGGUGGCUGGCGGUAGCGCUCGUGCUGUCGGCGACGGUACUCCCGCUCAUCCCGCUCCCGCUCCCUUUCCCGCUCCCUCUCCCUCUCUCUGUAUACCCGCUCCUGCCGCUCCCGGUCCUUCCUCUCCUGGUCCUUCUUCUCCUGGUACUUCCUCUCCCACUCCGCCUCGUGGGAGUGCUCGUACUCGGGCACACGGAUAUGGUUGCUGCGUCAGCAGAGGGAGGGAGGGAGGGAGGGAGAGGGGGAGGGGGAAGGGGGACACACAUAUCAACACAGGGAGUAGAGGCGUGUUGUGCUCGGGUGAGGUAGGUGACUCAGCUCACUCACUCACUCACUCACUCACUCACCCCGCGAGGAACUUCUCCAGGACCUCGAUGCGCUUCUGCUCCUCCUGCAGAUACGCCCUGACAUGAAUGACCAAGACACGCACACACACACACACACAGCACACACGUCACACAUCGAAUCGACACGGUCAGCCAAGGUAAGUAAGGCGUGUGUGGCUGUCUGACCGCACCGCACCUGAUCUGGUCCGUACUCAGCUGCAUCCAUACCAUACCGUCCAUACAAAAACACAGACACACACACACACACACAAAGAAACCGAUGCAUUCAUUCGUUCACGUCUCGCCUGCCCAUGCCCAUGCCCGUGUGUGUGUGCCCGUGUGUGUGCGUACAUCUUCGCUAUGAACACGAUCGUACAGCUUCACCAUCGCCGCUCCCUCGCUCGCUGAGAUGGACGGAUGGAUGGAUGGAUCAACGGACCCGCCGAACGAACUGACCAAAAAACAUGGAAACAGCCACAGUGCAUGGGGGGUGAUGCCUGCAGGUCGUUCGUGUGAGCGCCACAGCGCAGCACACGCAGGCAGGCCAGAUCCACCGUGUCAUUCAGGGGCGUGCGGACGGCCACCCACCUGACCUGAUGCAAGCAGAAACGAGGAGAUCCGCCCGCUCCUUCCCUACCCUCUACGCUCCUCCCUCCUCCACUCCGCCCG